UUCCUCUAACUUGUCACGAUUGGACAGUGGCGGUGGGUUUUUUUUUUCGGUGUGCGGAAACGAGGGGUCGCCACUUUUCUUUUUUUUCCGCGUCAAGUUCGUGCCAGAAACUUUUUUUUCUCUCCUCUCCUCUUCUUUAAAAAAAAAAAAAGAAAAAAAAAAGUGGGGCAGACAUUGGCAACACGCUCACAAUGGAAGCCACCGAAGCGACGUUGUGUGCCUCGUACUCUUCUUCCCGUUGACUUUCUCUUCUUUUAGUUUGGUUCGCCAUUUUCGACUAACUUUUUUUCUUUAGCUUUUACGCCACAUUUCCGUUAUGCGAAGUCCAAACUGUUGUGUUGUCGACGUGCUGCGGUGGGUGCCCAUCCGAGAUAACGGAGAACUGAUUCUCAGCCGGUCUGGUAACUGCAAUGAAUGGUAACACAUUCCAUCCAGCCAACACCAGUGCAACAUCAGGAGGCGGCCCUGGCGUUGCAGUGCCCCCGAGAGGCUGGAGAGAGUUCUGCGAGCUGCACGCCAUCGCCACUGCGCGCCAACUUGCGGGACACUACCGGUGCUUUGCCAAGGAGCGCCCCCAACAUGAGGUUCUCCCACCGGAGACGUUCUCCAAGCAGUUCACUGACCUCUUCCAGCAGCACUUCACAUAUGAGGUCGACACAGAUGGCUCUCUGCUCCAGCAGAGCACCUGCCCCACCGCUGCCAGUAAUUCCGCUACAGUGGCCCCUCCCAUUCCUUCGCAGACCAUGAUCGGUCGAUUACGGAUCACCUCUUUGUCUGGGGUGCAAGACUACCGGGAGGCGGGUCGACAAGCCGGAGGAGCCGCUCGCUUUGCGGUGGUGUCCCCCAAAGUUGAGCCGGUUGUCGUGUGCAGGGAACAAGAGGAACUUCUGCGGUGUGCCCCAGGAAACCCCCGAUCAAGAAACCCAGUGCUGCUCAAGGGCUUGACCCGUAGUUUCGGAAGCGGGUCGGUGCUGUUCCACAGCCGUAGUAACGAGGAGCUGUCCGGCACAGACAGUCGACAACCAUCUGACUCCUCAGCCUCCAAUCCUGCACACGAUGUCACACACUUUUCCGUUAGUCAGAUUCGGCAGUCUGUCAGGCGGCUUUUUAAGAAACGGCCUCUUCCUAGACCCCCCUCAUCACAGGACCUGUCUGCCAGCAACCCUACCCAUGCCGUCAUCAGCCCCUCAAACAGUAGUGAUAGAGUCAGCAGUGUGCGCUUUACGUCUGAGCAACCCUCCUCUUUCUUACAAACCCGCUCUUCACUGAACUCUGUUGUGGCGCCUGCAGCUUCACCGUCAUUAUCUGGAGUAGCUUCCAGCUUCCUGGAUCGUUUCCGUUGGUUACGCAGGUCAGAGUUCAACAGCUGCUGUAAAGAAGGUCAGCUGAGGUACUUGCUCGUGGACGACACCAUCUCAGACUCGCAGCCGCGCUGGCAGCGCUGCCGCCUGCUGGUCAGGAGGAUCAGGGACUCUGAAGGCAGAGGAGGCGAGAGCUACCAGUUGGAGCUCUAUGAUCCUCCAAAGGCAUCCGGCCCCAAACUGACAACUCACUGCUCAGAUAUCCAAGAAGUCCGUCGCUGCAACCGGCUGGAAAUGCCCGACAACUUAAACACGUUUGUUUUAAAGGUUAACCGAGGCAGUUUGAUAUUUGAGACGGACAACGACCAGCAGGUCAGCUCCUGGACCACGGAGAUAAAAGAGUGCAUCAGCAACAGGUCGGCAGGUGUGGCCCUGGAGCCCCUCCCUUCCCCGGCUGACGGCUCUGUUUCGACCAAUCACAGGGCGAGCUUUGAUUUGGGAAUUCAGAGCGAGUGGCGGCUCGGCUCCUCAAACCUGGUCCCACAAACACGUCCUGUAACAAUUAGCUGCCCGGUCCCCCUGACUCUGGGGGAGCCCGUCCUCCAUAAGACGGAUCACUUCCUCUUUUCCUACCCAUGGUUCCACGGGCCCAUCUCCCGGGUCAAGGCGGCCCACUUGGUUCAAAGCUCAGGCGCCGAGGGACACGGCAUGUUCCUGGUGCGUCAGAGCGAGACGCGGCGAGGAGACUACGUCCUCACCUUUAACUACCAAGGCAAAGCCAAGCACCUGCGCCUGUCGCUGACAGACGGCGGACAUUGCCGGGUGCAGCACCUGCGCUUCCCUUCCGUCAUGGAGAUGCUCAACCACUUCCAGCUCUCGCCGAUCCCGCUCGAUUGUGGAGCCGCGGGCGCCGUCACGCUGUCCAGCUUUGUGGUGGCGGGCUCCAAUCCUCCAUCACAAGGUCAGCACCGCUGGAACUCAGAGCCCAGCUUGGCUCACUGCAGCCUGUCUCGCAGCCAGCCACAAUCUUCCUCGUCUACUUCCUCUUCCUCCACCUGUGCCGGCAGCGCUCACGGUCCCGGCCUGCAGCCGUCUCCUCGCGCUAACGACCCGGCCUCGCCCCCGUCGGCUACCACCCCCCUGCGUCGCAGCGAGUCCAUGGGGAGGCGACCGCUGCUUCGCCACAGCAACCCGCACCCCCCCGUCAUCUCCCAGCGGGAUUCAGACUAUGAGCUGGAGCCCGAGCGCGGCCGCAAGCGGGCCAUAGACAACCAGUACAUGUUGCUUUGACCUCUUCUGGAGCUGAGGUGCAACUGCGAGAGAAAGUGUGAUUCCUUGUCUGAUUUGGGCGGCUGUCACAAGCGUCCACAGUGAAUGUAUGUCAAAUGGGGGAGAGAACAGUCUAGUCUGGGCAAGCAAAGAAAACAUUUUUUAUAGAUUUUAUAAUGGCGCUAGAAGCUAGCAACUUCCCAACCAGCAGGGGGCAGCAAAAGAGCAGGAGUACCCGCCACCAGUGAUACAAUGAAAUGCUAGCUUAUCACGAGUCAAAGGUGAGUGCCGCACUUUUAUUUAUGAUCCACUAUGAACUGGGACGCAUUUUGUUGUUGUUACUUUUGCUAGCUUUCUGGGCUGCUCUUUUAAGAAAGAGUACCAUUUAUUUUUGGCCACAACUCUUAUGUAAACGCAAACCCCUUCGCACUCUUGUUUUACAACACCCUGUUCUUUUUUUUCUAUAGCACAUUAUUUUAUUUUGAGGUACUUUUGGCGAGACAGAAUGUGAGCAAGAUUAAGAAGAUCCGUCUAUAACGUCUUAGUUGCGUCGACAGCACCAAAUUCAACUUUUUAUCCUGCCAUCCCAUCCAUUUUCUACCACUUAUUCCCUUUGGGGUCGCUGGGGGCGCUGGUGCCUAUCUCAGCUACAAUCAGGCGGAAGGCGGUGUACACCCUGGACAAGUCGCCACCUCAUCGCAGGGCCAACACAGAUAGACAGACAACAUUCACACACUAGGGCCAAUUUAGUGUUGCCAAUCAACUUAUCCCCAGGUGCAUAUCUUUGUGUUUGUGAAAAUUGGAAUUUCGACAUUCUUAUUAGGGAAUGUUAAUGGACAUAAGGAUCAGUCAAUUCAUUGAGCAUGGCACUGCAUGACUUGGCCACAACCAGCAAGGGGACUGUUGAGUCAGUGUCAUGUGACAAUAUUUCCCGUUUAAUGGUCAUAAAUACAAAAAGAAUGCCGGCAAUAAGUCGAACACGUUUCCAGUGAGGGUUGGACUCCGCCAAGGCUGCCCUUUGUCACCGAUUCUGUUUAUAACUUUUAUGGACAGAAUUUCUAGGCGCAGUCAAGGCGUUGAGGGGUUCUGGUUUGGUGGCCGCAGGAUUAGGUCUCUGCUUUUUGCAGAUGAUGUGGUCCUGAUGGCUUCAUCUGGCCGGGAUCUUCAGCUCUCAAUGGAUCGGUUCGCAGCCGAGUGUGAGGCGACUGGGAUGAGAAUCAGCACCUCCAAGUCCGAGUCCAUUGUUCUUGCCCGGAAAAUGGCGGAGUGCCACCUCCGGGUUGGGGAGGAGACCCUGCCCCAAGUGGAGGAGUUCAAGUACCUAGGAGUCUUGUUCACGAGUGGGGUAAGAGUGGAUCGUGAGAUCGACAGGCGGAUCGGUGCGGCGUCUUCAUUAAUGCGGACGUUGUACCGAUCCGUUGUGGUGAAGAAGGAGCUGAGCCGGAAGGCAAAGCUCUCAAUUUACCGAUCGAUCUACGUUCCCAUCCUCACCUAUGGUCAUGAGCUUUGUUCACGAGUGAGGGAAGAGAGAAUUGUGACGUCGACAGGCGGAUCAGUGCAGCGUCUUCAGUAAUGCGGACGUUGUACCGAUCCGUUGUGGUGAAGAAGGAACUGAGCCGGAAGGCAAAGCGCUCAAUUUACCGGUCGAUUUACGUUCCCAUCCUCACCUAUGGUCAUGAGCUUUGGGUCAUGACCGAAAGGAUAAGAUCACGGGUACAAGCGGCCGAAAUGAAUUUCCCCCGCCGGGUGGCGGGGCUCUCCCUAUGAGAUAGGUUGAGGAGCUCUGUCAUCUGGGAGGUACUCAUAGUAAAGCCACUGCUCCUCCACAUCGAGGAGCCAGAUGAGGUGGUUCGGCAUCUGGUCAGGAUGCCACCUGAAGCUUCCCUAGGGAGGUGUUUAGGGCACAUCCAACCAGUAGAAGGCCACGGGGAAGACCCAGGACAUGUUGGGAAGACUAUGUCUCCUGGCUGGCCUGGGAACACCUUUGGAUCCCCCGGGAAGACCUGGAUGAAGUUGCUGGGGAGAGGAAAGUCUGGGCUUCCCUGCUUAGGCUGCUGCCCCCGUGACCUGACCUCGGAUAAGUGGAAAAAGAUGGAUGGAUGGGUCAUAAAUACAAAAAGAGAAGACAAGAAAUGUUGCUAGGUCAGUGUUUUGGGGGUGGGUAGCUUGGUGGACUAGUAGUUGGCCUGAGUGCUCACUAUUUAUAUUAGAAUAUGACAUAACAUUGAAGCUUAACUCCUAAUAUUUAUCUGAAAUGUGGACCAUCACGUCUUCCAGCGGUGUAGUACCAGGAGUGACGUGUUGGGAGCGCAGUGGGCUGUAGACCCAAGAUGAGUGCCGGAAAAUUGACGGAAGAAGCCACGCUAAUACAUAUUUUAUGUCCACCUGGGUGGUUAUUUAUUGCCGACUAUCGCGACAAAGAUGCAUUCCUUAGCAAUAAUGUAUCUGCCAUAUGUUAACGAGUUGGUCGUCCAUUUAUAAAGUAGGGAUAUGUCGCCGUAUUAUUUUUUUUCCCGUUACUUCAGGUUUCUUCAGUCAGCUCGCUUCCUGAUUGGCCAUCGUCAUUCACGUGACCAUCCUGACGUCUUACGUGUUGACAGCAUUAUUAUUUUACAUGACGUCAUAUUCCCAACCCUUUUAAUCGAUGCUUACUUAAAAUCCAUUUAAAGUUGCCAGAAUGGACUAACUGACUCAUGGUUUUAAGUUGGUGUCCCAUGCUGCGUUCACUUACAAGCUCGCACUGUUAAAGCAGCCAUUACUCUUUAGACUAAUCAUUGUAAUCAAGCAUUAAGUUGUCUAAAGCGCCCCUUCACUGCUCACAUUAACUACCAGCAAGAAAAAGAAAGCCCUUCUUAUUCUUCGUUCAAUAGUCCUCCCCACAUCCAUGUUUUCUGCGAAACCAAAAGUGCUUUAAACCAAAGCAAGUCAGCAUCUUCAUGGGAAAAUGUGCCUUAAAAAUAUAUACAUAUUCGUAUAAGCUUUAUGUUGGUGGAGUUUGCGCUUAAACACUAACGUCCGAUUUAGUUUCACCGUUGCAUUAAAUAUGAACUAUUUCAAUAAGUGACACACCAGCUGAUGGAAACCAGCAACUGUAACAUGUUGACCAAUCGGGAAUUUCUCUUUACUAAGUGGAUAAAAAAUAAACAAAAAAAUAUAGUGCGGGUGUAGAAACGUUGAGCAAUAAUAAUUUAUUAACUACCAUAUUACAUUUAUAACUUCACACAGAGAAUUUGUGGGUUGAUAAUGUAUUUUGAGGGGCUUUUUACAACAGUUCCUCAGAGGUUUUUUAUUUUAUUUGCAUCAAACGCCCUCUUUUUCAUUGUUCUGCUUUUUUUUCCAUUUUUAUUCCUAGUGUCGUUAGCCCCUACCCCAUCAUUGUGCCUUUAUUUGAAAAAAUGUCCAAAUGACUCUUUUGUACGUGUUCUCAAUACUGUUUGUUUUUACCUCAGCACUGUAAAGCUCCACCUUAACAACCACAAAGCUUCCUAAAAAAAAACACUUGUGUUGUCUUUGCAAUCCAUUUCAUUCAGCCUUUUAAAUUAUAUAUCAACUGUAUAUCUGACUAUUUUGUAAAAUAAACCUAACCAGACUAAA